AUGCCAGAGACCGAACAAAAGCUUCCUUUGGCCCCGGAGGAGAUCUCCUCAGAGUGGCUCUCCAGUGUGCUGGGGCAAAAAGUCAGGUCUUUUAUAUUCACCAACCGGAUUCUUCUCGCAACUGCUAGCAAGCUAUUCGUCACCAUUACAUACGAUGAUGAGGCGGCGGCUAGUGUGGCCGCAAAGCCCACCUACAUCUGUCUGAAAGGGGGUUUCAACCAGGCCGUCGUCGCCCAAUAUCCAGAUAUCAUGAUUCGGAUUUACACGCGAGAGGUUGGAUUCUUUAGCUGGGUCGCUCCAAGACUCAGUCACGUGGAUAUGCUAAAGUGCUGGUGGUCUGGGUCUAACAGCGAGCAAGGAAUUGUCAUCUUGGACGACCUAAUCCAGCAGGGUGGCACUUUUGGAGAACCAACAGAGACGUGGUCAGUAGACCAGGUAAAAGCUGGCGUCGAGCAGCUCGCCGGCUUACAUGCCGGAACUUGGGGAGCAAAGAGUGAUGAUCUUCCCUCUUGGCUCACUGACCCGGAGCAUUAUGAUAGCACCAUAUUGAGCCUAUGCAGCUGGUGGCAAGGUUUGGUUGUUGGCGAGUCACGACCUCACUUCCCCUCAGAUUGGAAUGAGGAGCGUAUCACAGCCGCCAUGAAAAAGCACCUCAAGUCCCGCGACCCACGAUUUUCAUGUCUCCUCCAUGGCGAUCCGCAUGCUGGUAAUACAUAUUUCAUUAACGGCCAACCACGAUUCCUAGACUGGCAACUCGUCCACGUGGGAUCAGCCUUCCACGACUUUGCCUACUUUGUUGUGGGAGCCUUAACUGUAGCGGACCGCAAGGAACAUGAAAUGUCCAUCUUGCAACACUACCUCGAUGCUCUCGCUAAAUUCGGAGGACCAACUCUCCAGCUUGACGAUGUGCUGAUCGAGUACCGCAAAUCUCUCCUAUCUGGCAUUGGAUGGAUGCUUACCCCCUACAAACUGCAGACUAAAGAGCGUGUCCACGCUAUGAGUGAAAGAUACGGCUCAGCAAUUGUUGACCACAAGGCAAUUGAACUUGUGGAAUCUCUGUGA